AUGCUCGCUCCCCGUGUUGUCCGACCAGUGUCCUCGCUGGUGCGGCCCUUCAGCUCCUCGGCCGUGGUUCACCGAACUCCUUCCAUCCGUGACAUCAUCCCCGAGUCCGCUUCUGAAUUUAAUGCGCGGCAGAAGGAGUUCCGCGAAAAUCUGGAGGCAGCUCGCAAGAAGAAGGAACAGCAAGAGAGUCAGUCUGUCGAUUCUUCUGGUUCUACCUCUGCUUCCCCUGUUAUUCGUGAUCGCUUCCGUGAGUACACUACCGCUCCCACUGCUCCCCGAGCGAGCAAUGCGAGUGGUGAACUUAGCCCUGUUGUUGAUGCCGCCAGCGUUCUUGAUAACAAGGCAUUGGGCUUACUUUCCACCCACCGAUCUCUAGGAGAUGAGCAGCUUUCGGAAGCCAACCAGUCUCCAAAGCGGGGUCCCUUGUCUUCACUCAUUUAUGGAACCAAGGAGGGCCAGCAUUUCGACAAGGAUAUCGAACGCUCCUUCUCUCAAGUGCUCGCCCGCGGUAAAUACGUUCACUCCAUCGUCUUCCACGAAGUCAAACCCGACAAGGUCGAUGAUUACGUCGCGCUCGUUGGCGAGUGGUAUCCUCGCAUGGCCAAGACCAAGGAGAACAGGGUCAAUCUGGUUGGAAGCUGGCGUACACAAGUGGGAGAUAAUGACACCUUUGUGCAUAUCUGGGAGUAUCAACGCUAUGAAGGUUACCACGCCUCUCUUCACAACAUUUCUCAGCACCCCGAAUUCCCGGCAUUCGAUCGCAAGUUGAAAAGCCUGAUCAAGAGCAAGAAGACAUCCCUGAUGCAGGAAUUCUCUUUCUGGCCCACCACUCCGCCCCGGCGUCUCGGUGGUCUCUUUGAGCUUCGAUCCUACACUCUCCACCCUGGAAACCUGCUCGAAUGGGAAACGCACUGGCGCCACGGCCUGAGGGCGCGUCGCGAGGUCAUGGAAGGAGUCGGUGCUUGGUUCGUUCAGAUCGGGGAUCUGAACACAGUGCAUCACCUUUGGCAAUUCGCGAACCUGGAGGAGCGCAAGAUCCGUCGUGAACAGUCAUGGGGCAUUGAAGGCUGGGCGGACACCGUUCACAAGACCGUGCCUCUCAUCCAGAGCAUGCAGAGUCGGAUUCUGAUCCCCAUGCCGUGGAGCCCGGUGAGCUAG